AUGAACGACAAUCCUGUUUCAAGUUAUUUGUCGAAGGAGGUUUUAGAUUAUGAACCGACUAAGGAGGAAAUUAAAUUUUAUCAUAAAAAUAACCUAAAAAGUUUAAGAUAUAUAUUUUGUGGAAAAGAGCUUGAUGACUUUGAGAAACAAAAAAUAAGAGAAUUAAAAGAAUUUGUUAAUAAAUUAAAAUUAAAGGAAAAAGAUAAAGAGAAAGAUAAAGAAAAAGAAGUUGAAACAUACCAAACUAUUUUUAAAAAUACCCUUUUUGAUGAUGAUAAUUAUGUUCUAAGAUUUCUACAAGGAAAUGAAUUUGUUUUUGAAAGAUGUUAUAACGAUAUGUUAAGACACUUAUCGUGGAGAAAAGAAAAUCUACCAAUACCCCUGAGUGACGUUCAAAUUUUUUUAGACAAGGGAUAUUGUUAUAUUCAUGGAAGGGAUAAACAAAUGCACCCAAUCAUAAUUAUUAAUUGCAAAAAUAUUAUAUCAGCUAAUACU